UCUAGUUUAGGAGUACAGAAGUACAAGGUACAAGCCAGACGUGAUCAUAGACACUCUGCUUCUGUGUGCUGUCGGAUCAGAUCAAUGGGUUGCUGCUUGUGCACAUCUCAAGGAAAGAAAGACAAACGCCAAGGUCCAGUGCCUGAUGUGAUGGCAACACGAAGGAGGAUGCCUCUGCCUCCACCAACGAAUCCAUCGCCAUCAGAAUUCUACUCGUAUGCUGAUCCUAAAGUAUCAAUCUUGAAGAGACUUGGGAGACGACUCGGCAGCGGUGGCAGCAGUGAGAAAAAACCGAGAGAGGGAAACAUUCCUUUGCCUCCCAUCCCACAGGAAAACUCCACUGGGCUCUAUGUCGACGACAAGACAAACACAGAAAUGCAAAGAAAUUCGAAUGAAACAGAACAGAGGCUAACGAUGGAUAGCGAGUACUUGCAAGUACAUGAAGGCACACAAGGCAGUUGUGUGGAAGAUAGUUGUUAUACAAAUACGAAUACUCAGAGUACACUCCAACAGGUGUGUACUAAGGAAUGUCCAAUCGAAGAGGAAUUAUAUGUGAAUGCGACUCCACCACCGAUGGAGGAGAGGCCACAAAAUUGUCUCACAACAGAUGACGUCUACAUCAACAGUGACCAAGUGAGUAGACAUGGAUCAGACCAAUGCUGUGCGUCUACAGACGACUUGUACAUGAACACCGACCAAACACAUACACACGAGUCCCAGCAAGGCUCGAUGUGUGUAUCCAUGGACGACGUUUACAUAAACACCGACCAAGCGAAUGGGCACGAGUCUGAGCAAUGCAACUUACCGUGUGCUAUUUACGAGUCAAUAAAUGACAAAUUACGGAAAAAAAGAUUUGACAAAAUAGGAAUUGAUAUCAACACACCCGUGUUUCCAAAAUACUUGAAUGUAACAUCAGAGCCGUCGUAUUACAAUGUCAAUAUGUCAAUGACAGUCGACAUCCACAGCUCACGAUCAGACACACAAUUAGAGGAACCAAACGUAUACGAGGCUGUCGACUAUUGAACUCAUUAAUAUCAACAUAAUUUAUAAAGUAUGUAACAACGAUUUUCUGCUCACUGUAGUAUAGUGUGGAUUAUAUAGUGACUUCAUUGAGUCAUACGAUGACACUUUGUUAUCGGACAGAUUUGUGUUUCAUAUUCAGUCUAUUUGUGACUAUACUUGUUGCAUUUGUAGAGAUCGACUGUACAGCUAUAUGUACAAGUAUGUAUAUAAAUAAAGAAAAUUUGUCUCAA